CUUACGUUGCUCACGCCCUUUCACCAAUAUAUGCAGUGAGUUAAACUGCGAUUUCGAGAAGAAAUGGCUGCAUUAACAACGCCCUUUCUGAUGGAGAAUGUUAGCAAUAACACCUCUCCACUUGUAAAGCAAAGAGAACCCAUUAUGGUUCCUCCUGCAGAAGAAACAGAGAAGGGUCUGUACUUCUUAUCAAACUUUGACCAGACUUCCCAUGUAGUUCGUACUGUUUACUGUUUUAAAUCGGAAGAUAAAGGCAAUGAGGACGCAGUGAAAGUGAUUAAGGAUGCUCUGUCAAAGGUUCUUGUCCAUUACUACCCACUUGCAGGGAGGUUAAGUGUCAACUCAGAAGGAAGGCUGAUGGUGGAUUGCACAGGUGAGGGUGCUGUUUUUGUUGAGGCCGAUGCAGACGGUACAGUAGAGGAGAUAGGAGACAUCACGAAGCCUGAUCCGGUCACCCUUGGAAAGCUGGCUUAUGACAAUAUUCCUGCCGCAAAGGAAAUACUUGAGAUACAUCCUAUGCUGGCUCAGGUGACUAAGUUCAAAUGUGGAGGUUUUGUUCUUGGCAUAUGCUUGAACCAUUGUAUCUUUGAUGGAAUUGGUGCCGGGGAAUUUAUGAACUCAUGGACUGAAACUGCAAGAGGUUUAUCCCUCAAAGUCCCUCCAUUUCUUGAUAGAAGCAUGCUCAAAGCCCGAAACCCACCUAAGAUAGAAUCUCAAGUACAUGACAAUAUUGCUGAGAUUGAAGAUAUAUCAGAGAGCGACAAACUCUAUCAAGAAGAAAUGCUAUAUGGUUCCUUUUGUUUUGAUCUUGAGAAGCUUCAACAACUGAAGAAAAAUGCCAUGGAAGAUGGUGUUCUGAAAAGGUGCACAACGUUUGAAGUCCUCUCAGCUAUCGUCUGGAGAGCUCGAGUCCAAGCAUUAGGGAUGCAGCCGGAUCAACUGACAAAGCUUCUGGUUGCUGUUGAUGGGCGGUCUAGAUUUGAGCCACCAUUACCGAGGGGGUACUUCGGGAAUGCGGUGGUUUUAACAAAAUCAAUAUGCAAGGCAAGUGAACUUCUGGAGGACCCACUCUCAUUUACAGUAGGGAGAGUUCAGAAGGCAAUAGAAAUGAUCACAGACAGCUACAUGAGAUCAGAGAUAGACUACUAUGAAGAAACAAGAGCCAAGCCUUCUCGAGCAGCAUCGUUGCUGAUCACAGAUUGGUCUAGGCUAAAUGUCUACUACCUAGACUUUGGAUGGGGGGAGCCAAUUUGUCUCGGGCCGGGGGAUUUGCCCGAUAAGGAAGUAGCGUUUUUUCUAUCUCAUGGGAAAGGGAGUAGAAGCAUAAGUGUCAUUCUGGGUUUGCCGGCUUCUGCCAUGAAAAUCUUUGAAGAUCUCACGUGCAGAUUUGAAUCCUGAAGGAAUAUUCUAGCUUCAUGGGUCGAUUUUCUUCAUUAUCGAAUCGUUUGCUAUAUUAUGGUGUUAAUACAAGUACUGCCAUUCAUGCCAUUCAUGUAUAUAUGGUGUUAAUCUAUGAUCAGAUCAAGCCAACGAUUAUUAUUAUUAUUUUUAUUUCUGUUGUAGUAGUACUGAUGUUAGAUAUAAUGAAUGAACUUCAAUUCUGCUACAGGUCCCUGCCGUUGGGUACCUUUUUGCGGAAUCGGCUGACGUUGACCACCUGAGCAACGGGUAUUAGCAAAUCAUCUUUGUGCCAUCGAAACUGUGCUGCUGCGCUAGAAGAAAUUCCACCUCGGUGCCGUCGAAACCCCAUCUGCGCCUAUGGUCAAUUUUUGAAAGAGAGUGUCGUCGUGGCUAUGAGCAUUCUUUGCUCUAUUUUAU